GCGGACGGGCGGCGGGGCCGUGUGUCCUGCCCUGCCGGGGAGGGCCCUGCGCAGCGCCGCCGCCGCUGCUCCUGCUCCGCGCACAAUGGCGACUCCCAGCCCCAGCGGCGGCUCCGGGGGAGCGGGAGCGGGCCCGGCCCGGGCGCCGCCGGCAGCAGCAGCAGCAGCAGCAUGCAGGGUAAACGCAAAGCGCUGAAGUUAAAUUUUGCAAAUCCACCUUUCAAGUCCACAGCAAGAUUUACUCUAAAUACUUCUGGAGUUCCUUUCCAAAAUCCACACAUUGACACACAAGCAACCCUGGGUAGUAAUCACAUUGUCCCGUUCAGUUUCAAAAGGAGAGAAGCGGACUUCAUCCAGAAACUGUCCAGCAGGCUACAAGAGAGACUGAGAACACACAGCAUUGAAUCAUCAGGAAAAUUGAAGAUUUCCCCUGAGCAACAUUGGGAUUUUACAGCAGAGGACUUGAAAGACCUUGGAGAAAUUGGACGAGGCGCUUAUGGUUCUGUCAACAAAAUGGUCCACAAACCAAGUGGGCAAAUUAUGGCAGUUAAAAGAAUUCGGUCGACAGUGGAUGAGAAGGAGCAGAAGCAGCUUCUGAUGGACCUUGAUGUGGUGAUGAGAAGCAGUGACUGCCCCUACAUUGUUCAGUUUUAUGGCGCGCUCUUCAGAGAGGGUGACUGUUGGAUCUGUAUGGAGCUCAUGUCUACCUCGUUUGAUAAGUUUUACAAAUAUGUAUAUAGUGUAUUAGAUGAUGUUAUUCCAGAAGAAAUCUUAGGCAAAAUCACUUUAGCUACUGUGAAAGCACUAAACCACUUAAAAGAAAACUUGAAAAUCAUUCACAGAGACAUCAAACCUUCCAAUAUUCUUCUGGACAGAAAUGGGAAUAUUAAACUCUGUGACUUUGGCAUUAGCGGACAGCUCGUGGACUCCAUUGCCAAAACGCGGGAUGCAGGGUGCCGGCCGUACAUGGCGCCGGAGCGGAUAGAUCCCAGCGCCUCGCGGCAAGGCUACGACGUGCGCUCCGACGUCUGGAGCUUGGGCAUCACACUGUACGAGCUGGCCACGGGGCGAUUCCCCUACCCCAAGUGGAACAGUGUGUUUGACCAGUUGACACAAGUAGUGAAAGGAGACCCACCACAGCUGAGUAACUCAGAGGAAAGGGAGUUUUCCCCAAGCUUCAUCAACUUCGUCAACUUGUGCCUUACAAAGGACGAGUCCAAAAGGCCAAAGUACAAAGAGCUUCUGAAACAUCCCUUCAUCCUGAUGUAUGAGGAACGCACAGUGGAUGUUGCAUGCUAUGUUUGUAAAAUCCUGGAUCAAAUGCCAGCAACUCCCAGCUCUCCAAUGUACGUGGAUUGAUACUGCUGCUACAUCAAACUCUAGAAAAAGGGCUGAGAGAAAACAAGCUGUAAAGAAUUUUCAUCACAUAUUGCAGUGUUUUUAAUGCUCGCCCAGACACCAUGUGCAAUAAUAUUGGUGUUAUUUCCAUCCUGUCUGUAUACUGUUGUCACAUAUAAAGUGCAUCCCUGUAAUACCUGAUCACACAGUGUUAGUGUUGGUCACAGAGAGACCUCAUCUUGCUCUUUUGUGGACAUAUUCAUGAAAUGUGGAAAUAAGUACAUAUAUUUGUUGACUGUGAUUGGAUAGCACCUAAAAUUCAUUUCUAGACUCAAAACUUGGAGACUCCUCAGCAGCUACUGGAAAGAUUUUUCUCUCAAACUCUUCCGAUUGUUGUUUCAAGUAAUAAUAAAAAGCAAACAAACAAAAAUUAGGCGUUGUCUGUCUGAACAUUAAGAGACUUUGCCUGGAGGGAGAAGAACUUGCUUAACCAACGAGAUGCUUUGCCUUCUGGAGCUGGAAAGGCAAAGGAGAAUUUUAUUCUUCACAAAGUGCAAUAGAUUUACUGCUAUGAAAUUCUGUUGCUUUACAGUCACAGUGUACUUUCUGGGGACAGUGUGCUCAGCUGAACUUCCUGUUAAAGAGAGAUCAUGUUAAAUAUAGUGAAUAUGUCUUUACCAAAAAUAUGUUGCGUUGAAAGAGGCUAACAUUAAACUAUUGAGAUGGGACAUAAUGUAUUCUUCCUCCUUUUACCAAGCCAGCCACUCUUCACUCUUAACUAGGUGUCCUGUAAAUUGUUACCUGGUAAGAUAAGACCUUUGACCUGAAGAAUUAUUAAACUACUUGAUUGAAUUUAA